AUGAGUUCAACCAAACUGCUGAUAGUCGCGGCUGUUGCCUCCUUCCUGGCCCUUGGAGCUUCUAGCGAUGCCAUCGGACAGGCAGGUGUUUGCGCCGGGGUUCCGGACGGAUACUUCGUUCGCGAUGUGCGCGAUUGCCAGGGUUACUACUAUUGCCGCAAUGGGAUGGGCUCGUACAACAACUGCCCGGGCGAGUUCUACUACAACGAGCUGCAGCAACUUUGUGAUCAUCCGAACAAAGUGACGUGCCACAUCUGCCAGGAGCAGACGGGAGUACAGCUUCUGCCGCAUCCGCAGAACUGCAACCAGUUCAUCACCUGCUCCGAGGGAGUGUCGUACGUCGGCCAGUGCACCGACGGUUACGCGUUCGAUCGCAGGAUGAAGACCUGCAACCCGGAGGCGCGUGUCAACUGCGAGGAGAACGUGCAGAAACUCUGCCCAACGGAAGAUAACCCGACCGUGGUCGUGUUUCUGCCGAGUGUGGACCGGUGCGAUGAGUACUUUAUCUGUCGCGCCGGAACGGCCGUGCAGCAUUUCUGCGCACCUGGACUACACUGGGACUCGACGAACGAACGGUGUGACCUGGCGGAACGUGUGAGCUGUGCCCUGCCCUGA